ACGAUCUCAGACCUCAUGCUAGCUAGCGUUUAUUAAGCUGCAUUGGACAUACCCCCAUUCUUACGGACUUUGGUUCCAUCAACCCCGAGACGAGGUUUCCUCUUCCCGCCAGGGCGCAUAGUGUCGUUACCAAUAGCUGAUCGCGAAACUAAGUGCUUUCCAAUAUGCGGUGCGCGGUCGGCCGCCACCUUCCAGUUAGCCAUGGCAGAUGUCAGCCAAGGACAGCGAUCCUGCAUAGGGCUCAUCAUGGCUGUAAUCGGAGAGCCCAAUUGGUAGGAGCGACACCAACUACCCCCAGCGGAGGCAUAGGCGGCUUAUCAAUCCUGCGCAACACAAAGCUUGUCGACAGGCUUCGGUUCCAAGCCAUCCUCGUUUUCAAGCAGUUCGACACGGAUGGCCGAGGCAAGCUUACUCUGCAGCAGCUCGAGCAGUACGGCAGCUACAGCGCCGAGCGACUGGGCCCCGCAGCAGCCGCACAGCUGCAGCCGCUGCUGGAGGCUGCGAGGAGCCAGGUGGCCGCCUCGCCCGAUGGGUUGAUGGACAUGGAGGCGUUCAUUGAGCUGGUCCGGGAGCAGAUCAAGGCCGCCGCUGCGCUGCCCGACUUCCCGCGCACGCUGCUGGGCGAGGCGGCUGUACGGCAGCUGAGCUGGGACUCCUCGCUGCCCCCGCCCGAGCUGGGCUCCGUGCUGGCGGUGUUCAAGCUGCUGGACUUCAACGGGGACGAACACCUGGCGCUUGAGGACCUGCGGAAGGCACAGGGCAUCGAGCGCGAGAUCGUGGCCGACAAGUUGGAGGACGCGGACACCAACGAGGACGGCUUCCUGUCCUUCAAGGACUUCCUCACCUCCUACGCCAAGGAGCGCCCCGUCAUCCUCAACAUGCUCGUCCUAGCGGCCCACUCGGCCACCUUUUGGUUCAUCCUUAACCUGCCAGCACUGGAGCUGCCCAUCAAGGCGGUCAUGUGUCUGGCGCUGAUUGUGAAGCCGCAGCUCAUCACGGCGCCCGUCAUCAAGAUCUACACGAUUAUACGGACGGUGGUUGACCGCGCGCGGGCGGAGAUUGAGAUGGCGGGUCGGGCGGCGUGAGGGGUUAAAAUUAAGGAAAAACGGCGGCGUGAGGUGGGGGGUGUGAGGUGCAGGUGA